GGUUUCAUGUAGAAGAGAACUUUCUUUAGAUUCUGAAACGUGCCCUCAUUGGGUCCCACAUACCUUUACGGCUUGAUGACAUUUGUAUGUUCAGUUUUGAGGAGUUUAUAAAUGUAAUUUGGCUAUAUAUCAAGCCGCCUGCCACAGAGAUCGCUGUUGGAAGUGAUUCACACUGAUCGAGUCCGUUUACAGCUACUUCUUACCCUUCAUGAGCUCGUGGUCUUGAGAUGUGAUGUUGAGUGUCUCAAACUUUAAAAACAUUCUUGCCAUACUGAGGCACUAACUAUAUUAGGAGUGUCCCAAGCUUGUACGAUUCUGUGUGGUACCAGUUUCUGGGCCAGUCUCCAACAGUUGCAGUAUGUUUGGAUUGAACAUGGACUACUAGGAUUUAUGAGUGACGAUAGGAUGGAGGAAAGGCUUCUUGGAACAGAAGCAAAAGACAUAAGUAGUCUGACAGGGAAGGUCUGGGCGGAGUCGAAGGAAAUAUGGAGAGUUACCUUCCCUGCUAUGCUGGCCAGAGGGACUUCUUUUGGAAUCUUUGUAGUGACGCAAGCAUUCAUCGGGCAUAUUGGUGAUACAGAGCUCGCCGCUUAUGCGCUCAUUCAAAUCAUUGGCAUUCGAUUUGCUUGCGGAAUAAUUUUGGGCAUGUCUAGCGCAACUCAAACAUUAUGUGGGCAAGCAUUUGGUGCAAAGCAAUACCACAUGUUAGGCAUUUACUUGCAAAGAUCUUGGAUCAUCAAUCUGGUCACUGCGACCAUCUUGGUCCCAGUCUAUAUCUAUGCCUCGUCCAUUUUCAAGCUUCUCGGUGAAGAAGAUGAACUAGCCGAAGCCGCUGGUUACAUUGCCCUGUGGUUCAUCCCAAUCCUCUACUCCUUUGCUUUCAGCUUUACCAUCCAAAGCUUCUUGCAGUGCCAGCUCAAGAACACCAUCAUAGGAUGGCUCUCUGCCAUCUCGUUUGCAAUUCAUGUCUUGUUGUCUUGGCUCUUUGUGUAUGUACUUGAUUGGGGAAUCCGAGGAGCAAUGGGAGCGUUAAUAAUAUCGAAUUGGUCAGUGGUGAUUGGUGAGUUUGUGUAUAUGUUUGGAGGAUGGUGCGAAAGUACUUUGAAGGGGUUCACCUGGGCUGCAUUCGCCGAUUUAUGGCCCGUCAUAAAGCUUUCGGUAUCCUCUGGCAUUAUGUUGUGCUUGGAGUUGUGGUACAAUGCUGUUUUAGUCCUCUUGGCAGGAUACAUGACGAAUGCUGCUGUUGCAAUAUCUGCCUUCUCGAUUUGCCUCAACAUCUCGGCUUGGGAGUUAAUGGUAGGCCUUGGUUUCCUAGCUGGAGCUAGUGUGAGGGUUUCCAAUGAAUUGGGGCAAGGAAAUGCGAAAGCGGCGCUGUUUGCCGUUAAAGUCAUCCUGGGCACCUCAAUUAGCAUUGGAGUUGUCUUAUGGAUCUUGUGCCUAGUUUUCGGUCGACAGAUCGCCUACAUUUUCACCAGUGAGGAAGACGUUGUGGAAGCUGUUUCAAGACUCUCAGUUCUCCUUGCCUUCUCUAUUUUAUUUAACAGUGUUCAGCCAGUGCUCUCAGGCGUGGCGGUAGGUUCCGGGAGACAAAGUACGGUUGCCUAUGUUAACAUAGUUUCCUAUUACGUGAUCGGAGUUCCCCUUGGAGUCGUGCUCGCGUAUGUUGCCAAGUUAGAAGUUCAGGGUAUGUGGAUAGGGAUGAUAACAGGAGUCGCAACUCAGACAGCGGUGCUCGGUAUUAUUACUUACAGAACAAACUGGGACGAGCAGGUGAACAAAGCGUCGGAACGGCUCAAUAAGUGGCUCUUGAAAAGAUCAGAAGACAAUGGUGAGAGCUCUGCUACUGAACAAGCGAACGGAUGAGCGAAAACUCGAGAGUGUACGGUUUCAUCCCAGUUUUGGUUUUCGGAUGAGAAGAAGUUGUCUUUGUUCUUUUUUCUUUUUCUUAUUUUGGAUGAUCCAACACCACUCGAUUAAUAGAUCUUUCACACCAAUUUAUCAGUGACUAGACAAAAUUUAUAAGUUGAAGAUGGAAAAACGUUCAUACUUCAGCGA